UCACAAUAUACACGGAAUGAAUUUAUCGAAAUUUUAUUUUUAAAUAAAUCAUAUGAUCAUGACAGUGUAUUUUAUAAAAAUUAUUUAAAACUAUUUCUCUCUGUGUAUUUUCUAUUCUGUCGAGAUAUUAAUGAACUACGUUAUAUGGCCAAAAUAAAUUUUUCUAAAUAUGUAAAACCUACUGAAAUUGAUCAGACUAAAAGAAUGAUACUGUUUUCUUAUGGAGAAAUAUUUCUGCAACUUUUAAAGCAAAUCUAGAGUUCAUUUAUUUACGAGUUUCUGAAAAAUUUACAAAAUCUGAUCAAUUAUCUAAAGAUAUUGAAUCAACAAUGAGAUUGGCAUUAAGUUUUGACUUACCAUAUUAUGCGAAAUAUAUGUUAAUUGCAUCAUAUCUUGCUUCGUAUAAUCCUGCAACACAAGAUAAAUAUCUGUUCAUGAAACAAAAAUUUAAGAAAAAAAGAAAAAAUACUAGUAAAAAAAAGAUAAUGUUAAAUACUUUUUGUGGACCUUACAAUUUUCCAAUAUCUAGGAUGAUUGCUAUUUUUUGUGCCAUUCUUAUUGAAAAAGUUGAUAUAAAUGCUAAUUUACUCUCACAGAUUCCAUCUAUGUGUCAACUUGGUUUGCUAUCGAUUGUUGGAAAUUAUAAUUUGAAUGAGCCUAAACUCAAAUGUUGUGUAUCAUAUGAUUUCAUUCUUGUCAUAUCUAAAACUGUUGGAUUUAAUAUACAAAACUAUUUGUACAAUUUUAUAUGUUAAAUUGAAAAUGUAUUGACUUAAACUUUUUUGAUUA